AAAACAAAAACUUUAAUACAGCGCUCAUUGAUUUUGUUACAUAUUUUAAUGUUUAUCCCAUUGUUCUUCAUUGCUAACGUUCAUUUAAUCACCCCCAAUUCAAAUUCCGUUCCUUUGGCAAUAAUCUCCAAUCAAUCCAGAACCCGAUGAAGCAUGCCCACCACUGCCAGUAGCCGAAGCUAGCUUUACGCCCACCUCCAAUACGCCACAACUCAGUAUUGAUUUGCCAUGUGAGGAUAGUAGAUCGCCUGGCAAACAUGAUGUCAACGAUUUGUCGGCACGUUCGCGCGCCACGACAAGGGAAGGUGACACCGCGCGUUCUAAAAUGAGCGAACAUCCUGUAGCCGCGGCUCGCUCCAUAGCUUCCACGGCCGAUCACACCCAACGGUUUAGUUCCUCGGCAAAGCACAGUAAUAUGGGUGCCGGUGACGUGGGUUCGCAAACGCGUCGUGAUGCUGGUAUAAAUUCAAAUAAUCCAAAAUCCUUUUCAAAAAUGACGCCACCCAGUAGUAAGCGCAUAGAAGUGCUGGAAGUAUGUGACAAUCGCGCACCACCUGCACCAACGCCACGCAAUCCCAUCACCGGAUUGGGGUUGGGCGAAGAUGGUGUUGGAGGCAUUAAGCCGAAGAAGCCAAAGGAUCGUCGAGGUUUGCGGGGCGGGAAAAACUUAAUUACUUAGUUUUCGGGGUUGUUGCGACUGAACUAGGAAAUUUUUAAAUCGUUAAAAGAUUGCAACAGUUGCUUAACCAAAAAGAAAGGUUUUAAAUUUCUGCAUCCUCGUUUUAAAGUAUGGCGAUACAACAAAGCUAGACAGCGUUUAGCCAGCCUUCAAGUACAUAUCCAGGCAGGUUCUGCAAUUCACUUCCGAGUGAAUGUCAAUCUAAUUCGCGUUGUUUUCAAAUUGGCACUGGUUGAAAUUCGCUCGGAAGUGAUUGCAAAGCCUCACUAAAAGUCACCUGAAAUGCAAACGGACGUAACUAGAUAAUAUUUUUU